AUUCCGUCAGUGAACAUAACUUCUGUGACUACGAAACCGUGUUUAAUCAUCGACAACUGUGUUUAGAUUGUGUGAUACAAAAUCAAAUAUUUAAAGCAGUUGGAUUCUUCAUAACAUUUUAUUUAUGACUUACGUUUGCGUUCCUUUUGAUAUAUAUGAAAUAUUACAUUUAACACAAAUAAAUAUGGCUUGAAAAUUACGUUAACAAUGUAAUGUUCUGAACUAAAAAACGAUUUAUUUAUAUAUAUAUAUAUAGAUAUAGAUCUAUAUAUAUAUAUAUAUAUAUAUAUAUAUAAUGUUGUGAUUUUAUUAUGAUAAAUACCUACAGUUCUACUACUUAACAUGAAAUGUGAAGUUUCAUUUUUAGGGUUUCAUUUUGGAACAUCAUAAACAGUUUUUUUUUAAAAAUCUUAUUUAAUUUUUUUUUAUUGUAAAAUAAUAGGAAGAACAUGAAAGUCAUAACUCAAAUGGCAUGAUGAGUACGACACUAUAUAAACAUACAAUAUACUUUCAAGAAACACGACAAGUUAUAGGAGAUCUUUAACUGAGACAUCCUGUCGACAAUGACUUCUUACAAUGUGCUUAUACCUCUGGCACUGUUUUUAAUUCUAGCAGUAGGUAUGUAUAAACUGUUCAGAUGUCUUUACUCUUUUAAACUUUCUAAAAUAUUAAGAAAUCCAUAUGUUUUCUUGAAAUUCUCUUUCUUUUUUUCUCCCCCCCUGUCUAAUUAUCUCCCUUCUUAUUUUAAUAUCUUUCCUUUUAUAGCUACUUCCCCCUCUCUCUCUCUAUAUAUAUAUAUAGAUUUCUUUCUCUGUCUCUCUCUCUCUCUCACUCUCUCAAUUUGUCUUCCUGUCUCUGUCUCUGUCUUUGGCUCUCUCAUCCUCCCUCUCUCAAUAUAUAUAUAUAUAUAUUUCUUUCUCUCUCUCUCUCUCUCUCUCUCUCUCUCUCUCUCUCUCUCUCUCUCUCUCUCUCUCUCUCUCUCUCUCUCCCUCCCUCUCUCAAAUAUAUAUAUAUAUAUAUAUAUAUAUAUAUAUAUAUAUAUAUAUAUAUAUAUACAUAUACAUAUGUGUGUGUGUGUGUGUGUGUGUGUAUAAGAUAAGGUAAGAUUCUUUUAUUGAUAUAAAAUUAUUGCAUUAUACAUUUUCAGCUCAAAAAUAAAACAAUUUGAACACAAGACAUUUAUUAUAAAAUAUUUCAAACAGCCAUUCAGUGAGUUCCCUUAGCAAAAUUAGGUACUUAUUAGUUUUCAUUCAAAUGUCUGACUUCAGAGGAAGCAUGCUGUAAAUUCGUACAUAUUGGGGAACAAAAUAAUUUUUAUAUCUGUCAGUCCUUGUCUUGAUUGAAAGAAUUCGUCCCGAACGGUCCGAUCCUAAGUAUCUGUGAUGAAGAGGGUGGGAUGUAUCAUCCAAAAUGUGUUUAGUUUUGCAAAAACAUCUUUCUUCAAAUAGUUCUUCAAGUGAAGGAUGUUUAGUUUGUGUUAUGUUUAUAACUUUCUUGAUUAGUCGGUUUAUGCGGUGUUUAAUAUCAGACGUUGAAUUCCCACACCAGCAGGUAAUACUGAAAUUAAGCAGGAUUCCAAUAGUUGCACUGUAGAAUAAGUUAACGACUUGCUUGUUUACGCCAAAAUUGUACAGCUACAAACUAUACUAUAAUUGUCAGAUAUGCUGAAAAUAAUCAUUUUUUUUUUACUUCCACAAACAAUUAUAUUUAGUCUUUAACAAACUUUAAUUGAGUCUGCAUUAAACAAUUUAAGUGUAAAAACUUGUUAACUUGCUGAUUAACAAGCUAAGGAUGUAAUAAAAUAUGUUUGCGACAAUUUGGUGUUAUCGAAACUACAUGAGAUCAAAUUAAAACAUAUUUAUAAAUGUAUUGAUAUUAUUAUUAUUUUUUUUGGGGGGGGGGCGGUAGGGGUUAUAAAAUGGUGAUAUAAUUAAAAAAGGGGUCAUCGAAAGUUUGACAGUUAUUGACAAGCCUUCUGUUAUGAUUUUUUGUUGCAAAGGAUUCAUUUUACUCUUCUUCUGUCUAUUUCACUCCCAUUUGCAAAAUAUUCUCUUAGCUCAUCCUAUGUACCUUUUGAAAGUGUUCCAAAAUUGCUGUCGCAGAUAUCUCAUAAACUUGCCCACUCUUCAAAUAAUACAUACAGAAGAUAAUUUGAAGUACACCUGUUUUUUUACUCUGCUUACCUACCAAGAGAAUGCGCCGCCUGCGAACCAAGCACAUAUACCUGAUUUAAUCUUAGUUUUGUGUUUUUAGUGAAUUUAAAAUUAUUCCACGCACGGAUGCAAAUUAGAAAAUAUUCGCUGUCGCUUUUGCGAUCCCCCUUGUCAAUGGAGAAUGAGCAAGGAAAUAUCUGAACCAAGAUGUAUGAAAUUCUCAACUACUGACAUAGUAUUGCCAGUAGUAGCUAUGUUUGGAGGACACUGUUGCUAGGCGUUCUAAAAUAGUUUUCUAAAUACUAAAUGAGAAAUGAAACAGUGCAGAAAGGUGAUUAACUAGCCCCUGAAUUCCUUAUCUGUUUCCGGCACUAAGGCGAGAAUUAGCACCUAUUGUAACCUUGUUUUUUUUUUCUAUGAAAGCAGGCGAUAACGUAGAGCCUACCAUCAGAACUCUUGUGGAUGUUCACUCCUUCUUUAAAGUCCCUGAAGGCAAACUGAAGGAGUUUUGUUAAGAAAAUGUAGGAAAAAAAAUUGGUUUCAAGUACCUUGCAUUGUUUCACACUGAGGCUGAUUGGUGAUGCGUCAGGGAUCUCCUUUUUAGCGUUUACAGGGCUUUGCAUGCUUUAGUUUAACUACUUUAUGAUUACUAGGACAUUAUGGAGAUUACUACUUUUAAUAAAAAUAAUGAACAGGUCACUACACCUAAACAAGUCAAAUGCCUUGGUCAGAUCUAUUAAGGCAAUGUUUGGAAGAGUAUGUUGUUUACGACACGCAUCAUGCAUAUUGCAAGGAGCAUGCUAUUUUCAUUUGAACGGUCUCAUCAAAAGUCUCACUAUACAUAUAAUUAGAUAUAUAAAUAUAUAUUUUAAAAUGUGUUUUAAAGCCUAAUUCACACAGUUAAUAUCAAAAGGAAUGUUACUUUUUUAUCAAAUACCUUAAAGUUACAAACAUGUAAUGGAAUCCACAAACAUUAUUCUUCUAUUGGUGAUCCCGAAAUUUGCCUUCAUCGACCGAUACGAGAUUGCGACUCGGCAUGGGAAAAACCGGUACCACAUCAAGUAUAAUUGUAUACAAUUUUUUUUCCACAGACGGACAAAAGACGUGCUUUCUAUCAUACCAAAAGCCACUUAAUGUGUCAUGUGACGUCAAGGGUCAUAAUGCCACAAAUCUAACGUGGAGUUUAUUUGACACUGAGAGUAACAGAACUUUGAUCAUCAACAUUUGUGAAGCGACCGUCUGUCACCCUCUCAUUCCAAGACUGGCCAUUGUGCCCUUUAUGGCUUCAGUUACAUCAGAGAAUUCUGGCAAGAACAUUCAAUCGAGCACGUUAAACGCCAAUGUGAGGUAUGCUAAUCUGAAGAAGCUGUCCACCUUCAGACAGUUACAAUGUCAAUACAACGAUAACACAAUAACAUUGUGUGACUCGUUAGACGUCUAUGGUAAGAGAUCUGAAUUAUGAUGUGAAUUUGCUCUAAUAUAUAUUCUUAUUGAAUGAUAUACGAAUCGUUUUAUAGCCAUUUUAAUUGUUUCUAUGGUAUAGUAGUUACUAUCCUAAUGUCUCAUUUUUAUUUUAGUUAGUUUACAUGUUUUUAAUAAUUGUAAAGCGCUUAGAGCUUUAAGGUAAGUGCUAUAUAAAAAUGCCUAAAUAAAUAAAUACGAUUCAACCGUUACAUUUAUUAACCAAGCUUGCUGUCCCAUAUAAAAAAAACGUUACUUUUUAUUCAUACUUUCAAAGCUGUCAAAGAAAUGCAUUCCUAAAACGGGCGAGCGUUUUGUUUUGUUUCACUUGCAACUCUUCAGUAAAUCGUCAUUUAGAUAUACCAAAUAUAUAAUUUUAACCCAGCAUUUCAAAAUUAUGAAUUAAUUACAAUUCAUUAAUUAUUGUUGUAUUUGCAGUCAACCCAACAAAAAUAAAUGUGGACGAAUUAGACACAGGUCGUGAUGGUGAUGCGUUUCAAAUUCGGGUUGAAACCAACAAUCUCUUUCCAUUGGCAGAGUUCACCCUGUAUGUCGAUGUAAGUAUAGAACAAGGGAGUGUAAACGCAACGUUAUAUAUAUAUUUGAUGAAAUUGAAAAUUAUGAAUAUAGCUUUACCACCCACAUAUAUUCACACACACACAUAUAUAUAUAUAUAUAUAUAUAUAUAUAAAUACAUUUUUGUGUAUAAAUAAAUAUAUAUAUAUAUACAUAUAUAUAUAUUAAUAUAUAUAGCAAUAUAUAUUCCCAUAUAUAAAGAGGUAUAGAGAGAAAAAUUAUGAAUAUAGCUUUACCACACACAUAUAUUCACACACACACAUAUAUAUAUAUAUAUAUAUAUAUAUAUAUAAAUACAUUUUUGUGUAUAAAUAAAUAUAUAUAUAUAUACAUAUAUAUAUAUUAAUAUAUAUAGCAAUGUAUAUUCCCAUAUAUAAAGAGGGAUAGAGAGGGAUUAAGAACGAGAAAGCCAUUAAGAAAAUAAAGUCACACUUAAUGAAAGGGUUAACAAUUUGAUACAAUAUUUUUAAUACUUAAUAUAUUUUAGACUUAUUAUGACAGAAUUAUAAUAUUUAAAGAAAACAAAAAGGAAUUCAUCAGUAAAGGUAUCAUUAGUGAACGCAAACCAAUCCUAAUUGAUGCUUCGAACUUGAUCAUCUACUUGACGUACUAAAAGAUCGACGUAACAGAAACCCACAAGGAAUUCGUGUAUCAAAGAAUGGUUCUGAAAGGAAACGUUUUAGUAAUAGCCCUACACUGGGACCAGAGAUGGUCAAGCGGAAGUUUGCCAGAGGAAAAUGACUAGAGGCUUAUGGCUAUCUUUUUUAGCACUACUGUUACUGUACAGUCUAUAUUAUUUCCAAAAGAUCCGAAUACAUUUGCUGCCAAUAUUUUUAGUAACGACGUACUUAUCCAUAUUUGUAAGUCUAACAGAUUAUAUAUUAUACUUAUAUUUCUAAAGAGUAACUUGUUUAAAUAUAUAUAUAUAUAUAUAUAUAUAUAUAUAUAUAUAUAUAUAUAUAUUUUAUACGGGCUUUCAGUCACUUUAGAUCAAUUAUUUUUUUGUUUCUUCAGUUUUGAAGGAAUACUAAUAUUAAUUUUAAAUUUUAUUAUACUUUAUAUGAAUACGGAGAAAUGUUACAUUUUUUGAUAAAAUAAGUGCUGUUUUUUUAUUAGACGCCAUUUGAAUUCUUGUGUACUGAACAUUUUUAAAAUGUAGAAAUGAAGAUUGACGUGUAGUGGCUCGUUUUUCUUUUAAUGGAUAAGGGAACAGUGAUGUCAUUUUUUUCUCCAUAUGGCCUUUUGUUUCGUGCAUGCUACAUUUUUCAGGUUUUCUUUUUCAUUUGAUAGUAAUUUGCGGUAUUUAUACUUUCCAAACAUUGUACAUUAUACACUCUAUGAUACUAUUAGUUGCCCUACUUUGAUUUUAAUUAUGUUCUUUCCCGCUAUCAUAUAAAUACGCCUUUAAUUUUUUGUUCUUAUAUCUAUGUGCUAAAAUACUCGAAUUAGUGCAUCAAAAACAUUACUUUAUUCCAUUAUUUUUAUUAUAUACUUAUUUAUUUAAUACAUUAUUAUUUUUUUUUAAAUUUUGUGUAGCUUUUUUUUUCUUAUUACCAGAUGAUAUUUUCUGGUAUAUAAAAAUGAGCUUAAAAAACGAAGCAAUCUCUAUACGUUAGGAAUGUUAAACACAGAAAUGUAACAAUUAAUUUUUUUAUGGAAAUCGAAUUAUUUUAAAUGGUCAAAAAAAUAAAACAUAUCAUUUAUUUAAAUAUUUUGAACCUUUUUCUAAAGAGUUCACUUUAUAAUUUUAUUUUACAUUUUAUUUACUAAAUACUUAAUACAUGCAUAAAGACGAAUGAGUUAUUUAAUGAUUUUUAUUUGUUAGAUAUUUUAUUUUUUUUUUAAAUAGGAAAAUAACAUUCUUUAAUUUGCAGAAAUGUAUCUUUUUUUUUUUUUUUCUUCAGAACAUGACAGUUGAACCUAAUUCAUCAUUAAUACUUGCCUAUGAUUCUGAUGUGAUGACGAAUAGUUUGUAUACUAAUCCCGAGUCAAUGGACCGAUUUGAAAACGUGUAUGAGGCUACCGCAUCUUGCGUGUACGUACUUAACGUGACUGAUCUGGGUCACGGAUUACAUCAGUUACGAAUAACGGCCUCGGCCAAGACCAAUGAUCAGGACAUAAAUGUCGUCAUGACGGAUGCCAUGUCAAUCAACUUUGAUUGUAAGUUGUUAUUUUCUUGUGUUAUCACUUUAAGUUUACAUUGUAAUUUGGUCAACCAAACUGUUUAUGGCAUAUAUAUAUAUAUAUAUAUAUAGUGAUAUAUAUAUAUCAAAACAUAUAAUUUACAUUGACAUAAUAUCAAUGGGUCAACAAUAGUUUUCCAUUUGUAAAAUGUGUGUUAAGUAAAUUACUAGGUCUCACUGUUUUUUUCGAUAAGCAAGAUGCUCACAUUAAAUAUAUCAUUUCUUUGAAAACGUACAAAGGGCGAGUAGAGAUUGUUCCACUAUGCAACUACCCAGAAGUUGUCAAUAAUGAUGUAACCAUAACAUGCAGAUCGGAUGUUUUAAGCUUCUAUGAGGGGUGUGAGUUUGAGAUCUUGACAAAUGUAAGUCUUAUUGCAAAACUCCGUAUUAAAUAAUUGUCUCACAAAUUAAAGUUUGAUCAAUAUAAACACAGACUUUAAAAAAAAAAUUCAAAAUAAAGUGACAAUUAUUAUAGAAUAGAAAUAACUUCGGAAAUGGCUGCGGAAAUUCGCUAACGUACCAAAUACUAGAGAUACUUUUUUUUUAAGGGCCUUUAUUUAUUUAGCACACUUAAUUUGAACUCCAAUUAGAGCUAACUUCUGUAAUAAAAAAGUUCCACUUCUAUUUUGUACAUUGUUAAAGGCAAGCAAAUAUACCUAGAUAAUUAUUAUUUUUUAUGAUUAACAGCAUUCUGAUGGCGUCAAUUGUUAUUUAAGAUUAUUUGUUUUUUUUAUAAUUAGUUUUUUUUUAUUUGCUAAUAUUUAAUAAAUUGUAGAAGAAAAAAAUUGUCUAGGUUUUACGGAAAAGUAUGCUAAUUUUAUAAUGUUUAAAGAAGCGACAGGUUGUUCCUUAAAGUAUUGAUUAGUUUUUCAAUAACGUUUUUACGCAAUACCAACUAGAGAAGAGAAAGAGGUCUAUCACACCUAAACACGCCAAGAUUAAUGUUGAAGUCCAAAGAAACUUUGUAUUUGUCUCACGCCUUCUCUCAAAUCAAAUCUAAAAAAAAAUGAAAAUGUUUAGUAUUAAAUCAAUUUUAAAAAUUCUAUUAAAUCUUUUGAAAUUAACAAAAUUUAGACAACCGAUUCCCUACUUAAUAAGUGUAAGUACCCUUGCUUUUCAAAUGCAUUGCCGGCCUGCACAACUCAAAAUCGUAGGCGGGCCCGUAAAAGGUUCAUUAAAAAAAAAAUAAUAAAUUGCGCUGGCCCCAAUUGGGUUCUGAAAAAAACUUGAGCGGGCCAAAAGAUGAUAAGACAUGGGGGAAUAGGCGUCCUUAGGGGGGCUAGGGGGCACAUGCCCCCCUGGAUUGAUUGGAUAAAAUUUUUUUUACACAAAAAUAGACAAAAAAUGUAUUAAAGUAAAUAGAAAAUAAAGAGAAAGUAAAUAAGCUGAUGUUCUGUCCGUUCGUUCACCAUAAAAAUACGCUACAGUAAAUUAAAACUACAUUAAAACAUUACAAAAAAUGUGUGCCCCCCACCCCGGAGAAACUUAAUCGAUUCCCCCCCCCUAGAAAGUUUUCUGCGGGCGCCCAUGCAUGGGGGAAAUCUAUUUAAAAAAUAAUAAUAAUAAAAACUAUUUCCUUAUUUCGCGGGCCGCCAAGAGGGUAUCCUGCAGGGCUCGUAUAUAGUGUAGCAUCGCGUUUCAAAAAAACAUUAUUCAUUUGAAACAAUAUUUAAAGAGAGAAAUAAAUGUUUAGAAUAUUUAAAGAAACUAAAUAAAAUAAUUAAAAAAGUAAAUCGAAUUAUAUUUUUAUUUCAGAAAAGUACAUUAAAUUUCAAAGUGAUUCUAUAUAAUGUUUAAUUAAACAUUGCCUUCUAACUGGUCAUCACAUUUGACCAAACCCAAUAUCCCAAUAAGUAAGUCACCGGAAGAAAAAAAAAUGAAACCAUCAAUGACUUAUAAGUCUCAAAAGAAAAGUCUAUUUCUCUUUAAACCGAAUCUUUUAUUUUUAGCCCCUUCAAAAAGCUUUCAAACAAAAAGUAAGCACUUACUGCAAUUUAAGUAGGAUUUAAUUAUUUAUAAAUAAUUUCUUCUUAAGGGAACAUCGUUUCGGGUAAUUUAUAAUAAAGACAUUAAGUUCAAGUAUGCAGACCUGUUGGGCGUUUCAAAAUUUAUGACUGAGUGUCAGACGACAUGGAAUACAACAUAUCUAGGACCAGGCUAUCAUGAAUUUCGUGUUUCUAUGGUGGCAUAUAAUACCAUGGGAAAUUUGACUAGAUCAACAAGCACGCUUACGACACCUUUAACUUUGGGUGAGUUUAUUACUUUUAUAUAUUUUGCUAACGUCUAUUUACUUUUAAAGUGUAUUUAAAAAGCUUUAAUAUGGAUAAAAGUGGUAGCUUCUUUUAACAAGGGGGAAAAAGGCAUUUGGGAAGGAAUUCUAUUUCAAAUACUUUACUUGUUCAGGGCGUAUUCCGAUUUAGACGAUUUUUAAGUAAAUGCAUAAAUAUAUACAAAGUAUAUCAAUUAAUAAAAUGUUCUUCCACAGUCAUAGAUAUGUUUAACAAUUGAUAAAAACCAAAUGGUAAACAUUAAAUUCAAAGUAACAAUGUUUCCAAUACAAAUAUGUUUCAUAUAGUUCCUGAAUGCUAAAUAUUCCGCAUGACUAUGUGCGAAUUAAAAAAUAUAUAUGAUUAAAUAUGUCAUUAAGAUAGAGGUAAACUUCUUUUAAAAAAAUGUUCCUUUACACAACUUAAGCCAAUGUUUACGUCCCUGGAUGCUACCAAGUGGUUACAGGAAAGGCGGUCAUUAUAUCGUGUCGAGAGAAUCUGACUAGUGAAGCUGUUGGAUGCGAGUACCAGAUCAAAACAAACGUAAGUCGGUAAGACCCAGAAGCCAUUAGAUUUGAACAGGGCAUUUAAAAAAAAAAAUCAUAACCAACCAUAAUGUAUCUUUACUAGGAAUUAUGAUACCAUUAAAGUACCGGCACUGCUAUUAUUAAACGGAUCUGUGUCAUACACUGUACAUCGAUAAAAGGUUUUAGUUUACAAUAUAUACGUCAUAUCAAAAUAGUUUUUAUAUCCUAUCCAUUCUAUAAAACUUUGAAUAUAUAUAUAAAUAUAUAUUUUAUAAAUAUAAAUAUAUAAGUUGGCAUACUUCCGUUUUUGUGGGACUCUUGGAAAGAUUGUUUAUUAUGUGUUCUUUCUCACGAAGCUUGUAAAGCCGAUCCUGGCAUUACAGGCACAGUCUGUACGUCUUUCAGGAGAACUUUUACUGCUGAUUUCUUUUAGCAUUCUAUAUUGAUUCUCGCUCUAAGGACUUAGUGUUGCGCAUCAAAACAUAUAACAUAUUUAAUUAUGUGUGCGUUGUUUGGUUUUUACAUACUUAAAUCAGAUUAAAACAUUUAUCACACAAGUGUUUCGAAAUCGAUAGUCGCAACAUAUAUUUAUUGGUUUUCAACCAGGGAUAUUUGACUCAAGUCAAAGGAGAUAUAAAACUUGGAAAGUUCACUACACACUUAAACGAAGAAUCCAGUACAGUAUCAGAGUGUAAUCUAACAGUGAAACCCAGCGACCUUGGAUUAGGGUAUCACCAGUUUUGUCUCACGAUAGUAACCAAUGAUACCAACCAAAACUUAACCAGAAUUACUUUUGAUUUCACAUCACCAAUUUUCUUUUGUAAGUACUUUAUUAAAGGUGGGAUUUUUUUCUUCCCAAUGUAUACAAUUGUUUUUUGUUUUUUUUAAAGAUGAAUACCCAAAGUUAAGUUAAAAUUGUAACGGUAUAUGAGUAUAUUUGGUAAUCUUAUUGGCUUGAAUUGUACGCUGCGAAAUCAACAUUAUUAAUUAUUUCUGAUGGAUAAUUUAUUUACAAGAAACUCAAUUCCUGAAUUUAAUUCAUAAUAUGAAAUAAAAAGUUAAAAAAAAAAAAAAUUCUUAAGUUUUUUUAAAAAGAAAAUUGAAUAUUUUGUGAUAUAUUAUUGUAUGUAUUUAUUUCUAUUUAUUUUUUACUAAAUAAUUAUAGUCAUAUAUACUUUAAAUAUAUACACGCAUACUCUUAGAACAUUCCAUAGAGUAGAAGCACAUACAGUUAAAGUGUUUUUGUUUAAAAUUUUAAAUAAGAUAUUAACUUUCUCUACUUCCUUUAACCAAUGGGCAUUUUUCUGUUUUAUUGAGAAUCACCGUAAGAGGACGUGUAUACUUAUACCCAUUUAUUAUAUUCAGAUCUACCUGCUUUGGACAUCGGCCCUUACAGUGAUGUGUACCGCAGCGAUGGUACGGGGAAAUGGAUAUGUGAUCUGAAAACUACGGGCAACCCACAUGGCAGUUUUCGCUGGACGGGGGUAUUGAGUAAUGGGACACUUUCUACGGCGACACCGGGUGACAGUUUACUUUCGCACACUAACCUGAGUUUAGGUAACAUUGGAAGUGUUACAUUUAUUAAAUAAAAGUAAUCAAACAUUCAGUGCACAAAAAAAUCCACCAAAAAUUGAUAUCAUAUAAGUGAAAAUGUUUCAACAGAAGGUGUGUGUAUUUUUUGUUUCGGAGGUUGGCCAUGUUGGUCUUGGUUUAGAAGAUAUUUUUUUUUUUUUUUUUAAAUAUUUUUUUUUUUUUUUUUUUUUUGUGUUGUUUUUUUUUUUGUUUUGAAAUAAAGCAAGCACUAUCACUCUCAAUUUAAUCCAUGCAUUAUACUAAAAGUGUCAAAUUAAUAAAAAUCGAUCCUCAUAUUUUAAAACGCCAUUCAAAUAAACGAAACAUGAUCGAUUACGUCAUACAAAUCCAUUUCGUAAAUGUAGUUUCGGUGAUCGUCUAUAAGAGCACGACAUGUUAUUUUUAAAAAAAUAUUUUUCCCACCACCCUCGCCCUGUCACAUAUGUGUCGAAAAAAUCAGGCACACCCCCCACCAACACCUUAAGUACGCCACACGUUCAAACUAAUUUAAAUUUAAACAAAAAAAACUCUCACGGUUAAACUGUUCAAUGGAGAAAAUCUACAACUUCUGCCACAAUACAUCCGAUUCUACUGAAAGAUCGACGUCGCUGGCUAUUUUAAGGGGAUUUUUCUUCCUCUUUGAUUUAAAAAUGUUUGCAUUUUAAAAAAAUGACUUUUUCCAACACUUUAUCUUUACAAUUGCUUAAACCUCCACCAAAGCAUAACGUAUUUGACGACAUACCCAAUACUUGGAUUCCAAACACAUUUUCAAACAAGUAAUAUAUUUUUUUAUAAAUAAAUAUUAUAUAUUAUAUAUAUAUAUAUAUAUAUAUAUAUAUAUAUAUAUAUAUAUAUAUAUAUAUAUACAUUAAUUUAAAAUAUAACUUAAUGUAUAUAAUGGAUAAUUUACUGAUGAAAAUGUUCAAACGAAAAGAUGAAACAUAUAAAAAAUAAUAAUUAAAAAACAAGACGAGUUUUGAAAGUACUAAUUUUAAAAAAAAUCUAAGUUCAUUCAAAUCGAAUUCUUCAUGAUGUGCUCACCUACUCUUAUGCAGUCUUUUUAUGCCUUGUGCAAUCUAAUAAAUUUAAAAUUAUUUUCUAAUUUGUAGGGCGUUUAAACUCCUUUUGAAGUGCAUUUUAUUUUUAAAAGUUCAAUUAUUAGUUUUUUUAACAUAUUUAUGUAUUUAAAAUUUAACCUUCGUGUUUUAUUAAGUGCUUCAUUAAAAGUGGUUGUGGCCUAAAAUCAAUGUGCCUACAUUAAGAAUCACUGAUCUAAUGAACAGCUUAGUAACCAAAACGCACAUGGUUUAAGGGUCAUUGGAGAGAUGUCAAAACUCGUUGAAGACUGCAUUUAUGUGUGUGUAUGUGUGUGUGUUUCUUCAAUGCCAGUAUUCAAAUUGAUGACUGGUGCUCAAAUUGCAUAAACUCAGUCUGGUUGCUAUUUGUUUGGUACUUAUCUAGUCUUUACCCGGAUUGUGCUCAGAGGUAGGAAUGGUUUUUGGGUAGUUAUGUGCUAAUUUACAAUAACAUGCUCUAUGAACAAUGAUUGUAUUAAUAAUAUAUAUUUAAAAUAAUAUAUUAAUGUAUGUAAACGUACCUUUCUUAAUAACCAAUGCUUAGGAUACCUGACGUUCAAAAGAAAUAUUUGACGCUCUACUGUAAAGAGUGAAAUAAACUUUUAAAAAAUAAAUUGACAUUUCAGAGAUUUACACGAAUUUCUCAUGUCAGCCACUAUCAGUAUUGAGCGAUGAUUUGCCAAAGCAGUACGCGAGCGUACUAGUGAAUCGUAAGUAGAUUUUCUUUAUGUGUAUGAACAUUAGACAGUAACAUUUCGAAUGAUACCUCUAAUUGUAAAUCGUCUAGCCAUAGGGGGCUCUGGUCGGUACGUCUCAAAUGGCGUGGGCACUAACGACGCGCUGACACAAUAACAUCACCAGGAGAACAUUACGACACUUGUUUGAUACUGUGUGGCCAUCUAAGGUCCAUGCAAGUUGUCUUUCAAAAUUGUAGAAAAUAUGGUCGCAGCGAAACCGCUUCCAUUUGUGUUCAUAUCCGAAGUUUAAAUAACGAUUUGAAAUAGUGAAGGGUUCAUGAUUAAUUAUGUUUCACAUGAGGAAUAUAAGGCACAGUGUGAGUAGUGACUACAUGAUUCUAUACAGACAGCCAUUGAGGAGUCUUUUUUCUAGGUUACGAUUUCAUCCUCGCUACUUCGUGAACAAUAGGAGGUCAAGACCCAAUGGAGAAAAAAAAUUUUUAGGUGGUGGGUGGUGUUACAUUGGUGAAGGUAUUAAGAGAUUCGGCUCUACGAGUAGCUGACGUCGUUUAUUUAUGGAUGUAAUAUAAUGCUUUAUUUAUUUUGUAUUUUUCUGUAAUUUCUUGUGUUAUGAGUUCACAUGAUUGUUUAUUUUUUGCCUAUACCUGCUCCACCAUUCAAAUGUUAUAAAACAAAUUAGCGAUUAAUUCAUUUCUGACAAAGAAACAUUCACAUAAUUUAUUUUGCAAGAUUUUUAGGGGGAAAAAAAAGCAUAUAUAGUCGAAUGUAGUUUAAACAUGCAACAAUUACAGUAGUGUGUAAAGAAGUAUUUUAAAUAGUUGUUAUUGCUUUGGAAUCGUUUAACACAAUGAAUUUUAACUCAAUUUAAUUUAUAGUUAUAAGCAUUUUUUAAUAAAAUUGGACACCUUUGAAAGUUGAAAUAAAGUGACUUUGAAUCGAUUAAUUUUGACGUUAUUUAAGUUAACCAUAUAUAAAAGUAAUGAUAAAGGUAACUGGUGAUUUGAAUAUAACGAUAUACAAACAUAAUUUAAAAUGUCCAUUGUUAAAAAUAAAGAAAAGUAUAAAUUUAGGACAUGUGCACAAUUAUUUGAUACACACGGCUACAGUUUCAACGAUGCUAUGUUCAUAUAUUAUGACUACGAAAUUAACUAUACUUUUACUGAUGUGAAGGUUUCAUGUUUUAGUAUCAUACACUUUUAAAUUUAUAUCAUAUAAAAUAAUAUUCGCAGAAAAACAACAGCUACUCAGUUUCAGGGCCAACGGGAAAGAGAGACAACUGGUCGUUGAGAUGGACAGUUACGUCACACUGGAAUGUCUAGCUUCAGGCUUCCCUGUGCCUGGCAUACAAUUUCGUCAAGUAGGCAAGCACGGAACUAUGGCAACCAAUUCACCGUAUUACACGUUCAAGGUGUCGUCAUGCCUGGAUGGCGGCAGGUACGAGUGUGAUGUUAGGCAGUGGUCCUCAUAUCAAUCAUUGGAGUCACAGAUUGAAAUAAUCGUAAAGUGUAAGCAUUCAAUAUCACCAUUAUAGAGUGCAUACAAGCAUUUUCUUAAAUAGCAUGUUUUUGUAUUGAUUAAAUAUCAAGUUUGUUCAACACAAUCUAAGUUUAAAUUAUACCCAAAUAAUAAGCAGUAUGUAUGAAACAUGUACGUGCUAAAUUAAAUGUAUAUUUUGUUUCAUUUCCUCUAAAAAAGUUAAGUUUUCCAUAAACGAGUUUCUAUAUUCUACGCACAAUGUGGUUUGUUGGACUAACUCUCGCAUCGCUAUAAAGCUACAAUGCAUCUUUCUUUGUAAGAUAAAAGUGGGAUGCUUAAUGGGUUUAUUGAAAUAGAUAUUGAGAUUGAGAGUUUCAAACUAUAAUUUAGUACAAUAAGUCAAUUGUAAAUAAAGAAAUUACAAAAAUCAAUCAAUAAAUAAUGUAAUGUAUAUGACAUCGUCCUGUCUUCGCAAGACGAUGGAGUAGCUAUAAUCGCUUCAAAAAUCUCCCUCUAGUCUGAUACUGGAAUAGCGAACUCUGCUUUAUUACACAAAUAAUAACUUUGAAACCUGGUUAGAUUUUUACUUUUGGCUCUCUUUGCUUGAAAGGAAUUAGUUUCGCGCAUCUUAUGCUUUUUGACUCCUUCUUACACUGUAGUUCGCCGGAUGGAACAGUGCUCAGAAAUAAUAUCUAAUUCGUAGAUUUCUAUGUUUACUUCCCUCAUACUCUUUUUGCAAAUGUCUAUACAUCCCAGCCCAGGUCGUCCAAUAAGUCUUGCCCCUUCUGCCAACUCUAAAUACAGCAGAUUCUUUCGAUUACGCUCUCCAUUCAUUUUCCUUACAUGGCCUAACCAGCGAAGACGCCCGUUGCUAAGAGCGUAUAAUAAUAUGUACACCACAACUACAAUGAAUGGCUCUUCCGUUCAGUCCCCACCCUUCCACACCAUAAAAAUUCAUUUCAGUUGAAAAAAGCAACACACACAAAUCAUAUCAUGUGGAAAGCCUUGAUUAAACUAAUUAAUGUAUAUAGAAUUCAAACCCAGCAGAUUUCUCUUCUUAGGUCCACAGAUGAUACGAAAUGCAAAUCAAUAUCCCAGGCAAUUUCAUACUAACGUUAACGGUAAUCUGGAAGUAACAAUACCCGUCUCUGGUUACCCCGAGCCCAACCACUACACAUUGCUACGACUAUAUGGUAAUCAAACCGUGGCUGUGACGAGUGGCUACAGCGUCAUUUACCAGUGGGACGACAACCCUGACGGUACUGUCGUUUUGAGCUUUACGGACGUCCAAGAUGACUUCUUCACAAACUACACCCUCGUCUUUGGGAACGGCAUAGGGAGCGACCAGGAAUACAGUUUUUAUUUGACGAAAGGUAAUGGCGGCUAUUGUGUGUACUUUUAAGUACUGUACAUAGGAAUAACAAAGUCGUUCUUGUAUUGUUGGUUUCUGAUGAGAGGUUUCUAAAUAAAACAAAUGAAAAGUUAUUAUCUUAUUUGCUAUUUGAGAGUAUCUGCUUAAUGUCCAAAGUUACCAAUGAUAUCUCUAAAUGUGUGUGUGGCAAUAGUUGUUUGCUGUGAGGAUCAAUUUAUUAACUUCAACAACAAUGCUUAUCAUUAUUAAAUGCACUUAAAUCUCCAUUCUUACAUUUUUUUCAGUUAAUCAACCCGAGGGGUCUGACUCAGGCGAUAACGUUGGUGCCAUCGUUGGAGGUGUGUGUGGUGGAGUAGCCGGCGUCGUCUUGAUCAUCGUCAUCAUCUACUACGUUAAAAUAAGUAAGAACCAUUGCUUUUGAUUCAGUUACUUUGCAGCUUGUAACCAAUAGUAUGUUGAUGUCUGCAAAAAACGACUUCAUUUAAAAUAUAUUUUUUUUUAUCCCUUUUCCCCCAAAAAUGUAUGAGCUAUACGUAAUAUGUGAUAAACAUAAUGAUAUAAUUUAAUUAAAUAUAUAUUACUGUUUGUGAUGUUAGCAAAUAUCCUUAAUUUUCUUUUUACAUUUUUUUGCUGUAAAUGCUUCGAUAUUUGAAUCAUUUUAUUUCCAUUUUUUUAUAUUUGUUUGGUUUUUUUUUUUCCCCAAAGAUUUCGUACAUUUUUCGUAUAAUUCACAGGCCAAAAAUAUAGAAUCGUGUAAUCAACGAGGUCCAGCACUUAUCUUUUCAUCAAUGAUGCGAUUACAGAAAAACAAAAAUUUAUUUCUUAUAAUUAAAUCAUAUUUAUUUAUGAUAACGGAGUAUGAAA